AUGUCUUUCAAGUCUCUUGCUGUUAUUGCCGCUGGUGCGGCCACCGCCAACGCCCACGGUGUCAUCCUGGACAUCGUGUCUGGCGGCAAGACCUACGGUGGCUGGGACGCCAGCUACGUCUACUACAACCCCGUCCCCGAGGUUGCUGCCUGGCAGUCUGGUGGCUUCGGCCACGGCCCCAUCGUCGGCACCCAGUACUCGACCGCUUCCAUCAACUGCCACGACGACGCUAUUGCCGCUCCCAUCUACAUGGAGGCCGCCGCCGGUGACGAGAUCGCCAUCUCCUGGGGUACCCCUGGCAACCCCCCCAGCGCCUGGCCCACGAGCCACCACGGCCCCAUCAUUACCUACAUGGCUCCUUGCGGUGGUGCUGAUGCUACUGGCGACUGCACCUCCCUGAACGUCACCGACCUCGCUUGGACCAAGGUCUACCAGAAGGGUCUCAUCACCGGCGGUGAUGUUGACAGCCAGGUCUGGGCCACCGACGAGCUCAUCUCGAACAACAAGACCAUGGUCACCAUCCCCUCCUCGCUCGCCCCGGGCAACUACGUCCUCCGCAACGAGAUCAUCGCCCUUCACGCCGGCGGUGAGGUCAACGGCCCCCAGAACUACCCCCAGUGCUACAACGUCAAGAUCACCGGCUCUGGCUCCGGAAAGCUUACCGACGGCGUCAAGGGCACCGAGCUCUACACCCCCGAGGACACCGUCUUCAACAUCUACGCCAACAUUGACAGCUACCCCUUCCCCGGCCCCGAGCUCUGGAGCGGCGCUUCCUCUACCUCCAACGCCACCAAGCGCUCUUUCCGUACCUUCAAGGCAUGA